UAACGACUUUAUUCAACAAACUCUUCUUUUCUCUGUCAUCAUCCAGUUGGCAUUCUGAGGUAGAACCUGGAAGCGCUGGACGUAAACAACGUAUGAGAAUGACACAGAAGACAAGAUAUUGUUGAAUAAAGUCAUUAUUUUUGUUUUGUUUAUGUGCACAAAAAGUAUUCUCGUUGCUUCAUAAAAUUAAGGUUGAACCACUGCAGUCACGUCGACUGUUUUAACGAUGUCUUUAGUACAUUUCUGGACCUUGAAAUUGUUGAUUUUAUUGCUGUCUAUGGAUGAGUCAUAUAUAGACAUGUGCCGGUUUCCGGUAAUACGAUAAAUCGCGGUAAUGAAUAUGCACGAUAUUGUUAUCGUGGGCACUUUAAAAUACAGUGAAAAAAAUAUAGAUAAAAAUUUUGAUUUUUAGAACGCGCAUUAGUUUCUUUUUCAUCAACUGGAUAAAAGUACACUGCGUGUAUGCUGCGUAGGCAUGCACACUCUGAUCUAAAUAAUCCCAUUCCCCACGUGGAGAUGCAGUAUGUGUGUGUGUGUGCUGCUGAGCAAAAGACGCGUGCGCACUCCGAUGUAAACAGUACCCGCGUGGAGAGGAAGCAUGGUGCCAACGAUUUAUCCCCCUUCUAAAAGGGUGAAGUCAGAGUUUUGGAAAUAUUUUGGGUUCCAAAAAAAUGCAGAGGGAUUGCUGGUUGAAGACAGUUUCCCUUUGUGUAAGACAUGUGGAUGGAAAGUGGCAGUGAAACACGGGUACUCGUCUAACAUGUUCGCUCAUCUCCGUGACAACCAUCCAGUCCAAUUCAGAGAGAUAAAGAGUACCCAUGCAUCUAGCAGUGCUGGUUCAUCUUCAGCUGAAGCCAUUCUUCAGCCAACAGUCAAAGAGGCAUUCCAGCAUCAGGCUUCAUAUGGACCUUCAUCUCACCGGGCCAAAGAGAUCAAUCAUGCCAUAGCAUAUUAUAUUGCUAAGGACAUGAUACCAAUUCACACUGUAGGAAAACCAGGAUUUCAGAAACUGAUGAAGACCACAGUUCCACUUUACAAAAGUCCCUCAGAGAAGUUUUUCUCAAAAACAGAAUUACCCAGAAUGUAUAACAGUCUAAAAGAGGAAGUUGGCAAGCAUAUAGCCCAGGGAAAAUGGUAUGCGGCAACCACUGACCUGUGGACCAGCAGUGGAGGAAGCGGACAUCCAUACAUCAGCUUCACCAUCCACUACCUCUUAGACUGGAAACUUCAAACAAAUUGCCUGGAAACACAGUUCUUUCCAGAAGACCACACUGCUGACAAUAUCAGAGAAUUUUUUGAUAACAUGUUGCAAGAGUGGGGCAUCAACAAAGAGCGUCUUGUCAGUGUUACAACCGAUAAUGCUACAAACAUGAAAAAGGCCUUUGAGAGUGACACCACCUUCCCCUGCCAGUGGUUUGGAUGUUUUGGCCACAACUUGAAUCUAGCCAUUUCUAAAGCUCUGAAAAAUCAGAGGGUGGACACAGCAAUCCGAGCUUGUCGACAUUUGGUGCAGGUAUUUUCAAGAAGCUGGAAGAGAAGAAGAGAGCUCAGAAAUAAACAAGAGGCCUUAAACAUCCCUCAGAGGUCGCUUAUCCAUGAUGUAGUCACUCAAUGGGGAUCAACUCAGAAAAUGCUGCAGAGGUUUAUUGAACAACAGCAGGCAGUCUGUGCUGUACUGGCAACUGAGAGAGGGGCAUGGCAUUUGGUGCCAAAGGAUGCAGAUAUUGCAGUUAUUAAGUAAGUCUUAAAAAUACUUGAUCUACUCAGUGCUUUCACUGAUGCUUUGGCUUCAGAGAGCAGAGUAAGCCUGUCAGCCCUGAAGCCGGUGUUAAGUCACAUCAUCUCAGACAUUCUUGAUGUGAAAAAUGAAGACAGUGCCCUUACCAAAGACCUGAAGAGGUUAAUGAAGACAGAUCUCGAGUCCAGGUACACUGAUGAUGCAAAGAAGGUGAUGGACUUGAUAAGCUUUGUUGAUCCGCGGUUUAAGGGAAGCUUUUCUGAUGACCUAGAAGCCACAGUCAACUUCUGCACUGAGGAAGCCUCAAAACUGAUAGAGAUGAAAACACUGUGUGAGGGAGCUGCCCAGACAGAGCGAACCAGCACAACCUCCCCCAUCGCCACCUCUGAAAAACAGCACCAAAGCUUGGCCACCCUCCUCAACAAAAUCACCUCCACAAGGCAAGAGAGGGCAGAGGAGGGUGAAGGCAGCAGCACCCUGAGCCUAAAGUCAAAGAUUGAAGCAGAGGUAAAACGGUAUCUUUCUGUGCCAGUAAUAAAAUCAGAAGCAGAUCCAUUGCAGUGGUGGAGUCUGCAUGCUGAAGAGCUACCUCAUCUAGCUACCGUUGCUCAGGAGUUUCUCUGCAUACCCGCAACAAAUGUUCCUUGAGAGAGGGUAUUUAGUGCCAGUGGACACAUCCUCUCACCUCACCAUGCAAAGCUCAAGCCAGAAAAAGUGAACAUGCUCACAUUUUUUUUUUGCACUUUAAUCUGAAGGACUAAAACAUGACAGCUCAGAAGCAGAGGUGGGUAGAGUAUUCAAAAACUGUACUCAAGUAAAAGUACAAGUUCUUAUAGAAAUAUUUACUCGAAGUAAAAGUGAAAAUAAUAAUCUUAAUAGUUACUUGAGUAAGAGUAAAAAAGUAUCCAAUGAAAAACUACUCAAGUAGCUAGUUACUUUGUAACAUACAUAUAUACACACACACACACACACACACACACAUAUAUAUAUAUAUAUAUAUAUAUAUAUAUAUAUAUAUAUAUAUAUAUAUAUAUAUAUAUAUAUAUGUGUGUGUGUGUAUAUGUGUACACUACCGCUCUAAAGUUUGGGAUCGGUAAGAUUUUUAAUGUUUUUAAAAGAAGUUUCGUCUGCUCACCAAGGCUGCAAAACAAUAAUAUUGUGAAAUAUUAUUACAAUUUAAAAUAACUGUUUUUCUAUUUUAAAAUAUUUUAAAAUGUAAUUUAUUCUUGUGUUGGCAAAGCAGUUUUCAGCAUCAUUACUUUAGUCUUCAGUGUCACAUGAUCCUUCAGAAAUUAUUCUAAUAUGCUGAUUUGCUGCUCGAAAAAAUUUGUGUACAAUUGUACAAAAUAUAUUCUUCCGUCUGUUCUCCAAAAUGUAAACAAAUGUAUAUUUCUGCAGGCGCGUGUAAACUGAUUAAUUGUGUCUACGCAAAGGCGUUAAUUUUCAAGACGAACAGGUCGCCGGCGCCGCCACUGCGCAAUAGGCUACCAACAAAAUUACAGCAGGGCGGCAAGUGUUUAUUUUUAUACUCUCUGAACAAUGGUAUUUUAUUUAAUAUAUAAAUUUAAGAUAUAUGUCCAAAAAAUGGUAAAGAAAUGCUACAUACUUUGUUAUCGUGGUGUAAUAAUCUGUUUGGUUGUAAAAUGUAGGCUAUUAUGAAUUUAAAUCGAAUGAAAUCGUUACCUCUGGAAUUGUUCACAGACAGCAUACGCAGUUCAUCUAAUAAAGAUCUUCAUCGCUGGCAAACAAGAGGAUACAUUUGCAGAUUUGCUUUUAAUUGACUGUAGGUCCACUGCCACUUCAUCCAAUGCUCCGAGUGAGAAACCGCUUCAGACGAUUCAGUGGUGCAGGGAACUGAACAAAUCAUCUGAUUCGCGAACCAAUUUAGACAGUUUUGCCAAAUUGUUUGAUCAAGUCUUUGAACAGAAUCGACUCAACAGAUUGAUUCAUUUGUGAAUGGGGCAUCGUUCUUGAAAAAAAGAGAGCAUGCUUGGAAUAAACUACGCAUUUCUUAACAUGUACAGUAUUGCAUUAAAAUAAAGUAACGAGAGGAACGUCACCCAGUGUUUUCACUAGAAAUGUACUCAAGUUAAAGUAAAAGUACCCACAUUUAAAUCUACUCUAAAAAGUACAAUUUUUCCAAAAAAAUACUCAAGUAAAUGUAACGAAGUAAAUGUACUUCGUUACUACCCACCUCUGCUUAGAAGGACUAAAACAUGACAUCUCAGAAGGAAUACCCAGAAGAUACCAGGAAUCGGUUGAAAAUGUUUAUUGUUGACACUUUAUAGUUCUUUUACUUUUAAAUGUAUUUAAAAGCAGUUAACAAAAGUUGUUCUUUUGCAGUUUGCACUUUAUUCUGUUUGAUACAAUUGCUCACUUUAUCAUUACUGUGUGUUGUUUUCUUUAUAUUUAUUUGUAUUUAAAUGUUUGAGGUACUCUUUAUUAUUUAAAAUAAAGUUAUUAUUAAAAGGACAACACUGAAGUUGGUUAAAUUUUCAACCUUUAUUUCUCAUAUAAUUGAAUACCAUGAUAAAACCUUAAUCAAUUAAUCGCAGCAUGGAAAUCUGAUACCAUCACAUGCCUAGUCAUAUACCUCUCGGAUUUCAUCAAAAAUAUCUUAAUUUGUGUUAGGAAGUUGAACGAUGGUCUUACGGGUGUAGAACGACAUGAGGGUGACUGAUUAAUCACAGAAUUUUCAUUUUUGGGUGAUCUAACCCUUUAAUGUAUAUUCAAAUCAAUUUCUGAUAAUAAUCCCAGAUAUAUGUUCAUGCUUAAUAUUUCCUGCGUAAUUACAUUAUUAUUAUUAUUAGGGGCCAAGCAAGCCCCACUACAAUUAAGUUUUUUUUUUAGCUGAUUGAGGUGGCCAAAUAUGGAUCAGAUUCCGGUCAGGGAAUCGGGAGUGGAGAAGAGAUUCUUGAUAAUGAGGCGUUUAUUUACAAUCUUGAAUAUGCAUCUGAGAUAUGCAGCUGUGAUAUUAUAUGGUCUACAAAGGAAAAUAAAGAAAAAAAUUAAUUUACAAUAAUAUUCAUCUAACUUUGAGUAAUUAUUGCACUAAUUACUCAGAGAAAUCGGUAACAUUAGUACAGAAAAUAUAUUCAACAAAUAUCUUAAUAAUCACAAUAAAGUUAACAAAAAUACAGUACUACACUGAAUAUUAUGCUGCUGUAAGCAAUUGUAUAAACAAACACUCGCUGUAUCAGCUCGUAACACUAGAGCGGAUGGUGAUGACUCAGCAGAUUCAGAUCGGCAAAUUACGGCCGAAAUAAAUUGUAAACUCGAACAAUAUAAACAUCAGCAAUCACCAAUCACAUGCACAACAUAUACUAAUAAGAUAUAAAGGUAUAAUAGUACUUACAGUUAUUGCAUGAACGCAUUACACAAAGCAUAAUAGCAGCAUGAACAUGGACUAACAGUCAUCUUGUACCGGUGUGCGUCGCUAAUAACGAAACGUACAAGAAAACAACAACUAAACAUUAGUUCCUAGGACAGGCUUUCUGACAGUUAUCUCGUAAGAUAAUUGAAUACUCUAAGAAAGUCUGUCUGAAGUGUCUGUGUCAUCGUCCUCAAGGUGAGGAAGUGGGAUCAGCUGGACAACUGGACGGGUAUAGGUUUUUUCCUUAACCCUGACUCUUGUGAUCCGAAUUCUACCAUCAGCCCCAGCCAGGGUCUCCGUCAUUGUGCCGACAGGCCAGAGUGCCCGGGGAAGUUGGGGAUCGACAAUAAGUACUACUUGACCUGCUGUCAGUUCUUUGACAUCCAUCCUCCACUUGUGACAACCAUGCAAGCCUGGGAGGUAAUGGCAAAUGAAGGCAGUCCAGAAACAGUCAGCCAGCACCUGACUAUAGCAAGUUGUUAGAGUCAUACAGGACCUGCGGUAGAGAGGCAUCACGGCAACCCAUAAGAAGUAAGUUUGGAGUCACUGGAUCCAGGUCUGUGACAUCCGAAGAUACAUAGCCAAGUGGUUUGGCAUUUAAGAUGCUCUCAACUUCCACCAGAAGAGUUUGAAGUACUGGUUCUGGGAUCGACUGCUCUCGCAGGAUUACACGUAGCGCUGUCGACUGAUUUUACCUCACGCUCCCAGGUUCCCCCGAAAUGAGGAGCACUUGGUGGAUUAUGGCGGAACCGGAUCUUCUGCCCAGCCAACAGCUCCUGAAGCCUUGGUGACACGGCAUUGAAGGUCUCUCGUAGUUCUCGAUCACCUCCAAUGAAAUUAGUGCCAUUAUCACAUAGCAGUUCCAUAGGCUUGCCCCGUUACGCUAUGAAUCGACACAGAGAGAGCAGGAAUGCGUCAGUGUCCAAAUGCUCUAACAGAUCUAGAUGGACACACCACGUCGUCAUACAUUUGUAGAUAAUCUCCCAUCUUUUCUCUUGGCGGCGACCAACUUUAAAUGUGAAUGGGCUGAAGCAGUCUACACCAGUAGAAUGGAAAGGCGGCUUAUACAGAUUCAGCCUGCAGGGUGGUAGAUCAGCGGGGUUUGAGGCUUGGCCCGCCACCGUUGCCUCGGAGUACCCAAUACUGGCGAUGCAGUUCAGCUAGGACCCUUUCUGAGCCGGGAUGAAGGAGUCGCUGAUCUGUCCCUUUAACUCCCUCAAGUCUGAGGUAUCGCCGGCGAUACCACCUCGUUUUUUUCCCUACCAGUGUGAAAGAGACUCAAAAUACUCCGUCAAUGUUGCACAUACAAUUAAGAGUUAUACACCAUUUUAAUCUGUGGAAUAUCUUCUUUUAUUUGUGUACACUCAGAGUAAAAACAAAAUGUUGUGCUUUUUGUAAAAUAAAGAAAACUAACAUGAUGCGUGAUCUCUCGUCUCCCUCUGAGCGAAGUCCAAUCUGAUAGUUCUCAGAAAAUGAACUGUAACUUAGUGAAUACUAAUCACAAAAAAAUUAGACUUAUGUCUAAAAAAACGUUGAAAUGUCAGGUUUUAAAUCGUGUAAGUCAAAACUGACAUGAUGUGAAGACACUGCUGAUUACCUCGAGAAGGUUGCAUUGGACUCAUAGAGCCCUGUAGAGACCAUCCGAGUUGUGUGCAGGCAGCAAUAGGUCCCCCAAUUGGGCCUUUGCAUAUGGGCUGGAUUGGUGUCAGGAGGUGGGGAUUAUCUGAGCAAUGGCUUUACCCUGUCCACAGGAGGCAGCGGCAGAUCCUUCAGAUGUCAAUAGGCAUUCUGGAGUGCAGUCACUGGGUAGUUGUGCUCUGUUAGACACAGACCGGUUGCAGUGAAUGUGUUGCGUAUAGUGAACUUCGUCAUGGGUUUGGAUACUGAGGACACCUCAAAAGAUAUCGAUGAGCAAUCGUCAAGUUCAGUGUGACAAUGUUGAAUUGUCUGUAGGGGAAGCAACUCAGGAGCACCGGCUAACUUGAGCUGCUGCACUACUGGCUGAAGCACUAGUGUUCUUUCUGACCCGUCAUCAAGGACUGCAUGGGUUUCCAUAGUGUGACGACCACUGGAGAUUCGUUUCGCUUGAGACUUAAUCUCUAACUAGGCGGCCAGAUCAGGAAGUGUAUAGGUCUUAUCAGUACCCAUCUGUAGAAUACCCCUGCUUAAGCAGUAUUCAACAAAGCCAUCAAGAUAAGCAGAUGGUAGCUUACUUAGCAGACGAUCCACAUGAGAGCCACACAUGAGCUCAUAACCAUUCUGGCCCUCAAGCUUCCUCAGCAUGCUCGCCAAUGAUUGAACGGAUAAUGCAAAGGAGUCAAAAGCAUUAGCAUCACCCAUUUUGAGUGGUGGAGUGCUCAUGGCACCUAACUCUGGCUGAACAAGCUGUCUUGGCUGGCCAUACUUGUCUUGAAAAGCCUGCAGUGCAGCUGAAUAAGGACACGGAUGGUACAUAUAGGCUUUAGCCAGCUGCUGAGCACUAAGGAGUUUUAAAUGGCUUAGCAAAACAUGAUAUUUGUACUGUUCACUGAGAUGGCUGUGAUUGCUCAACAGAUUGUCCAGUGCCAACUUUACCAAGGCAAAGUCACUCUCAUUACCACUUUCGAACACCGGCAAAUUGGGUUGUGGGAUGCCAUAGGCUGAUGCAAACAGUAGCUCUGUACCAGGGUAUGCUGGAUGACCAUCAUGCGGAAAGGGCAAGAAUGAAGGCGGUUGAGAGUGGCUAGGGACAGUAGGUGGCACGGCUGAAACCUGAUCGCGUCAGAUAGUGCAUUGUAGUGUCCCUGAGGAAAAAUUCAAUUCAUUUACUGCUUUAGGAGAGGAAGAAUUGUGUAAACUUGUUAAAUCAUCAAAAUCAACAACAUGUAUGGUAGACCCUAUACCGACUAAGCUAUUGAAAGAAAUGCUUCCAGAGGUUAUAGAUCCUCUUCUUAAUAUCGUCAAUUCAUCUUUAUCACUAGGACACGUACCAAAAACUUUUAAGCUGGCUAUUAUUAAACCUCUUAUUAAAAAACCACAACUUGAUCCUAGAGAAUUAGUCAAUUACAGGCCGAUCUCAAAUCUCACUUUUCUGUCAAAAAUACUAGAAAAGGUAGUAUCAUCACAACUAUGUUCCUUUUUAGAAAGAAAUAGUAUCUGUGAGGAUUUCCAGUCAGGAUUUAGACCGUACCAUAGUACUGAGACUGCUCUCAUUAGAGUUACUAAUGAUUUGCUCUUAUCAUCAGAUCGUGGUUGUAUCUCUCUAUUAGUGUUACUGGAUCUUAGUGCUGCAUUUGACACUAUUGAUCACAAUAUUCUUUUAAAUAGACUCGAAAAUUAUGUUGGCAUUAGUGGAAUUGCAUUGUCAUGGUUCAAAUCAUACUUAUCUGACCGUUAUCAGUUUGUAGUAGUAAACGAAGAGAUGUCAUAUUGAUCACAAGUUCAAUAUGGAGUACCGCAAGGCUCAGUACUAGGACCGUUGCUGUUCACUCUGUACAUGCUACCCUUGGGAGAUAUCAUUAGGAAGCAUGGCGUUAGUUUUCACUGUUACGCUGAUGAUACUCAGCUCUAUAUUUCUUCGCGCCCUGACGAAACUUACCAAUUCACAAAAUUAACAGAAUGCAUAGCUGAUAUAAAAAAUUGGAUGACCAGUAAUUUCCUACUACUAAAUUCAGAAAAAACAGAGAUUCUAAUUUUUGGACCAAAAACUUCUUCACGUUAUAACCUAGAAUACUGUCUAACACUUGAUGGCUGCUCUGUUAAGUCUUCGUCGUCACUUAGGAACCUGGGUGUGCUCUUUGAUACCAAUCUUUCAUUUGAAGGCCAUGUUACUAGCAUCUGUAAAACCGCAUUCUUCCAUCUUAAAAAUAUAUCUAAACUACGACAUAUGCUCUCAAUGAAAAAUGCAGAACAGUUAGUUUAUGCGUUCAUGACAUCAAGGCUGGAUUACUGUAACGCUCUACUGGGUGGUUGUUCUGCUCGCCUGAUAAAUAAACUACAGCUCGUACAAAAUGCAGCAGCUAGAGUUCUUACUAGAACUAGGAAGUAUGACCAUAUUAGCCCAGUUCUGUCAACACUGCAUUGGCUUCCUGUUAAACAUCGUAUAGAUUUUAAAAUCUUGCUAAUUACUUAUAAAGCACUAAAUGGUUUAGCUCCCUAGUACCUGAGCGAGCUCCUAAUUCAUUAUAGUCCUUCACGUCUAUUGCGAUCUCAGAAUUCAGGCCAGCUGAUAAUACCUAGAAUAUCAAAAUCAACCGCAGGCGGUAGAUCCUUCUCCUAUUUGGCACCUAAACUCUGGAACAAUCUUCCUAGCAUUGUUCGGGAAGCAGACACACUCUGUCAGUUUAAAUCUAGACUAAAAACGUAUUUCUUCAACCUGGCAUACACAUAACACAUUACCAAUUUAUAUUUUCAAAUCUGUUAAAGGAUUAUUAGGCUGCAUAAAUUAGGUCAGCCGGAACCGGGAACACUUCCUAUAACACCUGAUGUACUCGUUACAUCAGAAGAAGAAUGGCAUCUACGCUAAUAUUAGUCUUUCUGGUUAUCCCGAGGUUCACCGUAGUCAACCGGAUCCGGGCCGUAUCCAGGUGAGACCAAGGACCUGCACCUUGACACGACCACAACGCAGCCCUGAAGUAUCAGCAGAGAUUGAGUCAACUAGAUCAUCCACUGUGAGGGCCUCAUCGACACGACAGCCACAACAGUUCCUCAACAACCGUCCAUACCGCCGUGAUGAAUACGAUCCUCAAUUGGAUGGAACUGGAAUAAAUACUUUGAAUGUUGCGAUCCUGUCGGACUUAUGAUAGCUACCUGAAUCGUAACAAAGCACUGUUGGCCAGAGGAGAACUGGCCCCCCGACUAAGCCUGGUUUCUCCCAAGGUUUUUUUCUCCAUUUAAACACCUAUUUGCCACUUGUCUGCCACCUGAUGGAGUUUGGGUUCCUUGCCGCUGUCGCCUUUGGCUUGCUUAGUUGGGGACACUUGACAUUUGACUUGACAUUUGAUAUUCAACAGUGCUUUGAUCUGCCUGCAUUGACACUAUUCUUUUAAGAGCUGCUGUGCAGCCAAAUAAUGUACCAGUUAUCAAUGUAAAGCUGCUUUGACACAAUCUACAUUGUAAAAAGCGCUAUAUAAAUAAAGGUGACUUGACUUGA